AUGACAGAGGUGGUCUUGCUCAUCACGGAGUGGGGGAAGGAGAAACUCUCAGGUAAACCAAGACCCAGACCUGGAGACCUGUUUGAGAUUUUCUGGAUUGGCUACGAGCACUGGGCCGUCUAUGUGGAGGAUGACUGUGUGGUCCACCUGCUCCCACAAGUCAGAGAAUUUGAGGCCAGCAGCAUCAUGUCCGUCUUUAGCAACCAGGCGGUGGUGAAAUACAGUUGUCUGGAGGACGUGCUGCAUGGCUGCUCCUGGAAGGUCAACAACAAGCUGGAUGGGACAUACCUGCCCCUGCCCGUGGACAAGAUCAUCCAGCAGAUGAAAAAGAUGAUCAGCAAGAUAGCGCAGUGCAGUCUGAUCGAAGGGAACUGCGAGUACUUUGUCAACGACCUGAGAUACGGCAUGCCCCGGAGCCAGCAGGUGUGGCACCGCCUGCCCCCGCCCACCUCUGACUCGGGGUCUUGGGGCUUGUUGCUGUAUCAGGGGUCCAACUGGUGAUCCGUGUUUUCAUUAUUAUUUGUUGGCCUUGUGGGGCCUUCCAUUGCUCCAGGACGGCUCCGGAGGUGUUUUCACCUCUACUGACUCAUGGAGGAGUAGAGGGGGCACUGGGCUGCAUAGUAAGACCACCAGGUGGAAUCCCUCCUCAGCCACUUAAACUGGCAUCGUCUCCUCGGCCAAAUCAUCUUACUUGUGAAACUGUUUUCUUCCUUUACAAAAAGGAAAAACUGAGGUAGAUACUCAGAGCUAAAGUUGCAAACUAGCAGCUUGCAGGCCACAUCUGGCCCACAGACGUGUUUUGCUUGGAUGACUAGUAUUUUUUUUUUUUUAAUUUGACUUGCCAACAUUUAAGAAUAUAGAAAUUUAUUUAAAAAGAUCUGGAUUCCCAGCCUCUCUUGGACAACCUAUUGAUCAGGCCACUGGGCCCUCGUUCCAGCUGCUAACACUCUACAGGGCUGAGUGGGAGCUCCCCCUUUAGAAGGGGUGUGGCGCGUCGGUAUGUCACCUACCAGCUUCACCCACAUUCCCUGCCUGUCUUGUGUGCAUUUGGGUCUGGCCUCCUUCCUCCCCCAGCCUGCCCCAUGUAGGAUGGUGAUAAAUUACAUGUGGUACACUACAUGUGAAAAAGCUUUGAGAGCCUAAAUACCUGUGACAAUUUGAGCUGCUCUUGUUACUAUUUGGACCUUACUAAAACCCCAUGAGAUGA